CGGAAGUUGCAUUGCUCUCGUCAUGAAGAUACUGACUACUUUCUUGAUCUGCAUUUGGAUUGCCGCCGCUGAAGACUCGGACGAUAUACAAUAUGUGAACACCGAGCUCGAGAUUGAGAUUGGCAACGUGUCCCAGGCCGAAACGCCGGCCACAUGCUGCGAAGAUAACGAUGAGCUCCCUGCCACGAAUGGUGAAAUGUGUCUUGCGCGUUUCAUAGGGAAGGUUUUCAAGGAAGUGGGGAUCACACUCCAAACAAAUGAGCUCAAAGAAUAUGUGUCCCUUUCUCCGCCAGGUCAACUUCUCUAUGAAUGGUUCACAAACUUUUUAAAUGCUACGGGAAAGAACUACACACAACAUGAAAUCGACCAACUUGGGGAAAGCAUAGAAUUAUUCGCGAUCUUUCUAAUUACACGUAGUGAUGAAAUGUAAGUGAACUGGUGUCCUUCUUUGUUCAUUGGAAAUGCACGUAGAAGCGAAAUGGC